AUGGGGCUGGACAAAGAAAUUGAAGCCCGAGAAGCCUGCGACUGGCUGAGAGCUGCCGGUUUCCCCCAGUAUGCUCAGCUUUUUGAAGAUAUGCAGUUUCCUAUUGAUGCAAAAACUGUGAGGAAAGAUCAUGAAUUUUUAGAUGGAGAUGCGAUUGAAUCACUAUUCAGGCGGUUAAACACAUUGAACAAGUGUGCAUCAAUGAAAGUGGAAAUAAGCCAUCAGAGGAAAUGGAGUGAUGGCUCUGAAGAUGAUGAACCUUGUGCAAUAAGUAACAAGUGGGCUUAUGAGAGGUGCAGUCAGAGAUGGUCUCGUAUCGAGAGCCUCGAAGGUUUCCCAAGAGAGGAAGGUGCUGGUGCAUCCGUCCCAGGCAGCCCCAGACUGAAGAGCAUCAGCAACGAGGAUUCCGUCUUUCUUGAUCAUGGCGAGAAACAUGAUGAGUCUUCCAUUCACAGCACUAGCAGUGGGGACAGUGACACUGUUAGCUUCCCAAAACCUUUUGAAGAUGUGGAAACCAACCUGAGCUCCGCAAGCUGUUCCUCAAUUAAAGUGGCUUCACCGGACUCUACUUUUCUUUGUUCUUCUCCCCCAAGUGAGUUUUUAAAUGUCGCCAGCGAGGAGAAGCUUUUGGAUAAGUCACCAUACAAAAAGAGGAAGAGCCUGCUAAAGAAAAUGGAGAAGCUGCACUUAAGGAGCUCCAGCUUAAGGAGUGGUCAGUCAAAAGCCAAACCCAUAAUAAGUGAACCUGUUCUUCUGGAAGGACUUAAUGAAGAGAAGAUGAAGAUGCUGAACUGUGUAAAUAUUUCCGAUCUCUCUGGCAUCCAAACAAAGAGCAGUUCCUCCUUCUCUCCCCAGGGCUGCAACAGCAGCAGUCAGUCUGCAACGAGCAGCACGGUGAGCACCCCGAGCCUUGUUAUAAAACCACAAAGCCAGGAUGAAGGAAGGGAGGUGUAUGCAGAGGACUUGGAUUCUAGCAAGCUCUUGCUGUGGAAUGAUCUAUCGCAGCAAAACCUAAAAAAUGACAUGAAGUUAGGAAUGAACCAGAUGUUUCAAAUACCACAAGGCCAUAAACCUGGUACUUUCCCCAAAGCACUUACAAACACCUCCUUGUCUCCCAUAGACAACUCUUCUGUCAGCUGGAGAACUGGGAGUUUUCACGGGAGCGGGAGGAUCCAGAGCAGAAGCAGUUCCAAGGAUUCCAAAGCCCCCAGGAGCCCCUUGUCACACGCAUAUAACAGGCUAAGUGUAUACGACAACAUGCCCAGUAUUGAACUUGAUCAUUUGGAGGCAGCACAAGUUGGUGAUGAUGAUGUUUUUUCAGAACUGAACAAUGUUAUAGAAGAUGUCAAUGGUCUCAAAAAGUUGGUGGAUCAGUGGACAGAGAAGUUCUCAGAUGAUGGGGAUUCAGACUUGGCCGGUGACUUGACCUCUUUGUAUCCAUCCUUACCUAAAGAAAUCCGUCUUGCAGUGGAGGACUCGGAGGGUAAGACAGCAGACCUCCCGACCGCCGAGGGAGAGAGCAGCUGUGAGCUGGGCAAGGAGAUCAGCUCUGCAGACCUGGCAUACGUGACAGACACCAAAAAGACUGACAGGUCACACUGGUCUGUGGAAGAGGCUGUGAACUUGGAAAGCCUGUCCCUGCAGACGGAUAGCCAGUCAGCUGCCCAGCUAGCCCGGACACAAAAGCUGGCUCUGUUGAAACUCACUGCUUUAAUGGACAGAUACUCCCCUGGCAGUAAGCAGGGCUGGAACUGGACUAUACCAAAAUUCAUUAAGAAAAUAAAAGCCUCUGACUACAAGGACAAAAACGUGUUUGGGGUUCCUUUACUUCUGAAUGUUCAGCGAACGAGCCAGCCGCUGCCCAACGGCAUUCUGCAAGCACUGGACUAUUUAAGAAGCCACUUUCUUGAUCAGGUCGGCCUGUUCCGAAAAUCUGGUGUUAAAUCCAGGAUCCUGUCCUUAAGAGAAAUGAAUGAAACCAACCCUAACAACGUGUGUUACGAAGGGCAGUCGGCAUUUGACGUGGCAGAUAUGGUGAAGCAGUAUUUCCGAGACCUUCCUGAGCCCAUAUUUACUAGCAGGCUCUGCGAGUCCUUCCUCCGUAUCUACCAAUACGUGCCGAAGGAUCAGCAGUUUCAGGCUGUCCAGGCGGCUAUUCUCCUUCUCCCAAAGGAAAAUCGAGAAGCUUUGAAGAUCCUCCUGUUCUUCCUGCGAGAUGUGGUUGCUUUUGUUGAGGAAAACCAGAUGACCCCAACCAACAUCGCUGUCUGUCUGGCGCCUUCUUUGUUUCACCUCAACACCCUGAGACGGGACAGUUCCUCCUCCUCCACUAGAUCGAGUCAGAGGAAGUGCAGCUUGGGGAAGCCAGACCAGAGGGAGCUCAGUGAGAACCUGGCAGCCACGCAGGGCUUGGCCCACAUGAUAAUGGAGUGCAACAGACUCUUCCAG